GAACUGUUGUGGUGCGGAGCGUUGGGCGGGCGGCGGCCGGGCGGCCCAGGGGCUGCCGCGGGACUCGGGGCGCAGCCGAGCGGCUGCAGGGGUGGGGCGAGCCGGACGCGCCCCCGGGCCCGGGCGCCGCGGGUUCGAGGCCGGGCCCCGCGCGGGGAGGCCGCGCCACCCCGGGAGAGCUGCCCGGCGGCGAGUUUGCCCCGCAGCCGAAAGAAGGCGGGAGCCGGCGGGGGCCCUCGAAACCCCCUGGCAAGCCGGGCCCGGAGUCCCCGGGGAGCGGCUGCUUCCUGGGACGCCCUCCCGGACGCCCCCGCCGAAGGGUAACGGUUCUGGGCCCCCGGCAGAAGGCGCCUCCGGGUGACCCCCGGUGGGGCCCUGCGAGCCGCGGGAGUCGACUCCGGGGCCUCGAGCGGGGAGGAAGGGGCUUUCCAGAGGCGCGGGGCCGGGGGCCGAAGGAGCCGGAGCGCGGCGGAGCGGAGCCGGGCCUCCCGGGCGCGGGGCAGGGCAGCGCCUGGUCUGGGGACGGACUCCGGGACCCUCGGGUGCGGGGGCCUCGGCGACCUGCCCCGCGGGGCGCGCGGCCGCGGAGUGGCCUACAGGGGACCCUCCCGCAGAGGGGCCGGCCCGGGGCGGGGAGAUGAACGGCUUUAGCACGGAGGAGGACAGCCGCGAAGGGCCCCCCGCCGCCCCCGCCGCCGCCCCGGGCUACGGCCAGAGCUGCUGCCUCAUCGAGGACGGCGAGCGCUGCGUCCGGCCCGCGGGCAACGCCUCCUUCAGCAAGAGGGUCCAGAAGAGCAUCUCGCAGAAGAAACUCAAGCUGGACAUCGACAAGAGCGUAAGACACCUGUAUAUCUGCGACUUCCACAAAAAUUUCAUCCAGAGCGUACGAAACAAAAGGAAGAGGAAGACAAGUGAUGAUGGCGGAGAUUCUCCUGAGCAUGAUACUGACAUUCCUGAGGUUGAUCUGUUCCAGCUGCAGGUGAACACUCUACGGCGUUAUAAACGACACUACAAAUUGCAGACCAGACCAGGCUUCAAUAAGGCCCAGUUAGCAGAAACUGUCAGCCGACACUUCAGGAACAUACCUGUGAAUGAAAAAGAGACGCUCGCCUACUUCAUUUACAUGGUGAAGAGUAACAAGAGUCGACUGGACCAGAAAUCGGAGGGCGGCAAACAGCUUGAGUGAGGAUCAAGUACAUCAAGGAAUGAAGUAUAAUGCUGAAUGCACAGGUGAAAUCUGCUACGUGUAAGCCCGUAAAGACUGUUCAAUUUUAUUGUAAAUAAAAAAGUUUGAAUGAUGAAUACUGUAAAUCUUUUUGGUCAGGAGGAUUAUAUUCUCAUGUUCAGCAUGUGCAUACAAAGACUUUCUUUUAAGGCAACUACGGGACUGAAAAAACAAGACCACUGAGAGAUUUAAAAAUGAUGUAUUGCAGCAUUCAACAACGCAUUAAGUCAAUUCUACUGGAAAUGUGGGAUAAAAAAUAUCCUGGUACUCACCUUGUACGACCACGCUGCCUUGUGUGAGGUAUAGGCCUGGAAGAGCAGUGGGGUGCAGCUAGCCGGAGAAGCGCAAGUAGACCCCAGUCUGGUGGGCACAGUCAUGCCCCGCUUUGUUGCUGGCUGUGUCGUUGAUCAGCAAAUCGGUUUGACAGUGGUCCCCGCUCACUGGCCGCUGCCCGGCACACAGUAAGCAGUCAGUCAGUAUGGGUGGCCGACUGCCAGCCUGGUAGCAUCCGCUUCACACCUCUAGUUAAUGAGACCUCUGCCAUUUCUGUGGCUCACCACUUAACUUCUAGAAUGUGGAGGAAAUCCUGAUGCACCAACAGGAGGUUUCUCAUCAGAAGAGGAUUUGAGGGCAGUCGCAGGCACCAACCUAUAUUGGCGGAGGUUCCAGAAACACUGAGGCAGGGGCCCUCGCAGGAGAUGCAGCUCUUUGCACAUCACUCUGUGCUUUACUCUUUGGGGUGAAAUUAUAAAGUUUGACUUCAGUCAUCCUCCUAGGCCAUAAAUGCUUCGAUAAAUGGAGAUAUUUAGUGAUUUGGGGCUCGUGUUUUCAGAAAUACUAAUCCUUAGUUCACAGCCACCAAGAAAGCUGCCAAGGAUCAUGUGAUGCCUGCUCCGAAGUCCAAUUCUGGGACAAAAAGUCUGACUGGCCAUGACUCCCUGGGCUUGGGGUCACCAGCAAAUCAUGGGUUUGAGCAACAAAGGUCAGUGCCAUCUGAUACUCAUUUUUGUGAGCAGUUUGCCUCCCUCUGGGGGCGGGGGGCGGAGAUUGCUAAAACAAUUUUUUUAAGUAUGAAUAACUACCUGAUUUUUUUUUUAAAGUUCAAAAACUCAGAUUCCUGUAUCUUACUAUAUCAGAGCCAAAGUCUCCUUUGAAAACAAAGCUUUAUAUCCAAAAGUAUGCUUUUGCAAAAGUUUCUAAUCAGUGUGUUAGGGGACAAAGGAUGUGAAUAGGGGAUGGAACAAAAGAGAAAAGGACUUGGAUUCUAAUUUCUGACCAUCUUGACACAUAUUGCGGUCAAAAGUAUCAUUUUCUUACUCAGUUUUAAUUGUGAGUGCUUUCUUAAGCCUUAAAUUUAAAAGGAGCCGUGGAUGGCCUAGCCCGGCAGAGAAUUUUAAUGUCUCAUAGAUGGCUUACUCUGAGCAUCAGCACAGAGAAGUCCGAACACAACCCCCGCUAAGCAGGGCGGUGCAGUGUCUAAAGGCUGGGUUCUGUGGGGCAGAGGACCAUGCUGUCUGUGGAUUGGGGACUGGCCACCCCCUCACUAAAAUGCAGUGUGUUCCGUUGCAGCAAAGCGUUCACCAGUGUUCAAAAUGCAUGUCUAGCAGAUUGCAGCCUUUUUAAAUAUGUAUAAAUGAAUGUGCAUAGAACAUAUUCUAGACUAUGAGGCGAUCUUAUUUUAAUACACCCAGCUGUGGAUGGCACAUCAAGGUGCUCUCUGAGUGUUUUUAGUCAUUCAGAUUCAGUAUGUAGAGACUGUCUCACUGCUUAUAGCUGAAGGAUGUCGAUGUGCAGACGUCAAGAAGGCUCAAAGUUCUGUUGCUUAUGUAGGUUUUUCUCCUGAGAGACUGAGUUAGAAAGUCUUGAAGGCAUCAAACACCAGGCCCCCUUUGUCAAGGGGAGUGUUUUCUCAUCAGGCCACAGUUUGGGGGGCAGAUGGCGCCUACAGGUGAAGGCAUUGGUAACCUGCUCUCUGGAAAUGUCCAUCUCUUACUGAGAAAAUGUAUCUUUCUGAUGUUGAAGUGAAAAUCGCCGAUGUGUAGGUCAUGUCACUAUUUCUUUAACAGCAAAUCUAUUUCCCAGUUGAGGGAGACAACAGUACAUUUCUGUACAAGAAGCUGUGGUGUUGGGAUCCAUCUGUUCCUGUGUCUCUGUAAGAAUAUUUUUGUUCCAGCGUGAAGCCUGGGGAAACGCUCACCUUCAGCCAGAUGCUCUGCGCACCUGAGUCCACCCUGCCACCUUCCCUCAAAAGAGAGGUGCUUUUGGAAAAUGGAGGCUGUGGGUAUCUUUUCAACCUUUGAAAACAUGUCAGAUGAGAGAAAAGACAAAGCUAUAUGAACUUACGAUUUUCUUGUGUGCAGAAAUCUGUUCUUUCAUCAAACCACUAAGCCACUUGCCUUAGCCUCUUCGGCAGUUUCCCAAGGCUUCAUCUGUGGGCAGGAGACUUCUGCCUGUUAGAAAUGGCUCCGAAGCAGUGGAGUUUGGGGAAAGCAGUGUUCAUCUUGGCUGCCUACAUUUUUAUACACCUGCCAAGGACUCUUGCGCUUCUCUCCACCUAUAAUGUUGCAACAUUGCCUUCUCUCCUCUUGGUGCUCCUGGGCAAAACUGGAAUGUGAAAUCCAGAGCUGACCUUGUCUUCUUAAAGAGUAUGGUUCCUGCCUCGGUCCGGCUUGGUAUGGUUCUUUCAUAUACCCUGAAGGUUGUCACGUGGAAAUGCCAGUAUCCUGCCACUCGUGUUGCUUCGAUUUAGGGUUUUAAAAAAACAAAUGGACAAACUUCUUAUUUCAACAAACUCUUAGGUUGGCAACAUCACGUGAAAAAGCUCAUAGCCGAAUCCCAUGAAAGAUUGAAACCAAAGGCUUCAGGAUUGGCAUUGUAAAAUGACAAGGAAUUUCACUUAUGUGUUAGAGCCACCAAGUUGUUAGAAGUUCCUGUCAUAGCUAAAUAUUCACUGCUAGGCUUCCAGAGAACAGAUAUUAAUAAUUGUUUGCAGCUGGAACGUUGCAUCUAACCUUGGCAUUUCAGCUGCUUAUUUUGUGGGAACUUUUUGGUUAAUAUCCUGCAGGACAACUAACUGCCUGGUGAAAGGGAGAAAGUAGGAGAGGGUACUUACUCGGGAGGUCUUGUCUGUUGAAAUAGGCUAUCCAGACCAUGGAUCCCAGAGAAGUUGCUUCAUGGAAGUCACCUGAAGGCUCUCGGUUGUUAGAAUGGUGAGAUCCAAAAGUUGGGAAAGGGUCUUUAAGUCAUCAGUCCAGUCUCCCCACAGGUGCUGACAUUCUGCCUACAACUGUCCCACCAAGGGUUUGAGCAGUCUGGGCUUAAACACCUUUGAGGUCAGGGAACUCACUACCUCCUGGGGAAGCCUGCUCCAUCUCUAUAAACCUCUGGCUUUUCUGUGUUCUCUGUCAUUUCCACCUUAGUCUCUGCCCAGCAGGGGCCGUGUGGAACAAGUUGUUCAUCGUGGCCAAGGACCCUCAUUGCUGCACUGUCCCAGGGCACGGCAGUUGUCUUUUUGAAAGGAGCAGCUAGCAGAUGGAUAUUUUGGUGUCCUGGCUGUCUUUCCCCUUUAGCAUGGGUCCACUUAGUUCCUUGUUGAAGGAUGUUGUGGAAACCCCAUCAGCCUGGUUCUCCUCCCGUGUUCUUGCGGAAGCUGAUGGAGGGGGUCAGGGAGGAGGGGAUGCUAUCAGCCUGAUUAAAAAAAUAACCUAAGAAGGGAUGGGGCCCUAGUUCUGUGCUUGCCCCACAAAAACUGAUGCUCACGUCACUUAGGAAAAGUUUUAGCUAGGAAAUUGUAAAAUACUGCUCUGUGUGGAGUUUAAGGGCUCCAUGGCUGCUGAGAGCUUGUACCUUAAGAUUUCUGCAAGUACUUCACACAUUGUUUUUAUGGAGAAAACAAAGCUUAGGACCUUGGGGGAGGGGCGCAUCACAUGUCUCUGUGUCUAAGAAGUGCCAUAUUUUCAAGCUGGAAAGUCUUGUAAGGUUACUCUUGCCCCAUCAUUGGUUUUGAAGACAGGAAACUGACAUUGAGAACGACCUGUCUGAGUCACAGGGCACUGUCUGGACUAACCUCCUGUCCUCCUGACCUGUCCAGAGCUCUUCUCACUCUGACUUGCACAUGACUCGAGUCCUGUCCAGAGUAAGGUGCCUUCAGAUAUUUGAGACCUUGCCACUGAGCAGAGAGGUCCCCAAGGCCAGCCUGGCUCCCAGGGGCUGUGAACCAACCUGCUGGACUCAAGGCUGUGUGACACGAUCAGGAAAGCAGUUGAGUUUUGCCAAGUGAACGUGAGGGGAGAAUAGAACUAGCUGAUGAUUUAAGACCAGAGUUCAGAAGUCCUGGCGGGAGGUGUAGUGUUGUCCUAGAAUCGAAAUUCUCACGAAAUGGGCUUGCUCUGAGAUCUCUUGGUCAGACUUCUGCCUUUCAGGUGGUCCUUUGGGCUUGUGUCAUUCGGUUGGCCCUGAGUCCGACAGACACCACUCUGAGGCCCCGUGAUUCGCGGCCUCCCAGUCCCCGUACUGGGCUUGACAGUUGAACCGAAGGACAGGUGAACUCGAGGUCAUGGUCCAGGAAGCAUGGUGCUUUGGGGUGCCUUUUUAUUCCCUUCAUUUUAUUACAGACUGUUUCCAAGUUCAAGGUGAGGAAGGGUAAAGUUGAUCUGACAUUUUGAGGUGGAGUCUAGUCUGGGGCCCGGUGGGACCUCUUCUUAAGGUAGAAAUGUCUACACGCUGUUAUUUCAUCUAGCUUGUGUCCUAAACCACGAAGCCUUUGGUUGCUCUCACUCCACGAGCACCUCAUCGCCCGGGACGGAGGGUUGUGCGGGACCCCUUCUGUACGUGUCUGCUGUCUGUGAUGCCCAUUGGAAUGUUUUCGCCGUGUGGGUUUGUGUUCCAUUUUGUAACUGCCUUAUCAAAAAGCAAGUGCCCUUCCAUUCCAGGCCUCCUCAUAUUGUACUUGUUUCCUGCCAAAUUCGGAGGAUCAUUUGUAUUUUAAUUUUGUAAUCUAUGGCUCUGUACUGUUGAAAGGCUCUCAAUUCUGUGGGGUCUCCUUAGUAUGUAUGUGACUUCUCAUGUUGCAAUAUCACACAGAUGGGACGGCCCGACUUUCGCUCUUAAUAAACGAUCUGAAUGAGUAACGAGA